AUUCUUCGGACUUUGGUUUUUUUGUUCCCAAGGACCUCAAGAGUCAAAGUCUAGCGAGGGAAAGACCAAUCACAAGAAGAAGAACAUCCUUAAAUCACGUGGACUGACAAAGAAAAACAAUUUGCGACUCCCUUAGCCAUGAAGUGUAUAAAAGGCAGUGAGAAUUUCAGACUUUCCUUCUCUCUUUCUCGUCUCCGUAACUGAAUUACGUAAUAAAGCAAGCUUCCUGGCUCAUCGGUUUUUGGCGGGUAUUUCGUUAGGUAUAGUGAGGUAUAACUAGUCAAGGUGAAAAUUGACAUCAAAAUGUCCAACUUAACUGCCCAAGAGCUUGAUGUUAUGUUGAAAACACUGCGCGGAAACAUUGACCAACUGUUUCUGAUUGUCAUGGGAAUUCUUGUCUUUCUUAUGCAGGCAGGAUUUGCUUUUCUUGAAGUCGGUGCAGUAAGAUCGAAGAACACAACAAACAUCCUGCUCAAGAAUUUCUUGGACGCGUUUAUUGGUGCAGUGGCUUACUGGUUGUUUGGCUACGCCUUUGGGUUUGGAGAAAAAGGCAAUGGCUUCAUUGGAUACAGCUAUUUCGCGCUGGCAGAUUUACCAGCUGAAAAAUUCUCCCAUUGGUUUUUUCAUUACGUUUUUGCGGCUUCGACAGCAACGAUUGUCAGCGGUUCUUUAGCAGAGAGAACUGAGUUUAAGGCUUAUCUGAUGUACUCUGUGUUUUUGACAGGUUUUUUGUAUCCAGUAGUAAGUCACUGGGCUUGGGAUGUAAAUGGUUGGCUGUUCAUUGGUGCGGAGUACACGAAAGACAAUGUUACAAGAACUGUUACAUUCCAGGACUUUGCUGGAAGUGGAGCUGUUCACACUGUUAGUGGCUUAGUUGCCUUGGUCGGGGCAGCCAUUGUUGGACCAAGAAUCGGAAGAUUUGUCAAUGGUGUCCCUAUGCCACUGAAAGGCCAUACUGUUCCUAAAGCAGCUUUGGGAGGAUUCAUCCUGUUCUUUGGUUUCCUGGCAUUCAAUGGCGGCUCUAAUGCAGCCAUUGCUGGUGAGGGCGCUGCCAAUGAUGUGUCACUGGUAAUUGUCAACACUGUCAUUGGAGGAGCUGCAGGUGCACUGACUUCCUUGAUCAUCAAACGUCUGGGCUUUGCAGAAAAACACUGGAGUCUGUUAUUCACCAUGAACGGUGGAUUUACUGGAAUGGUUUCCCAGUGUUCAGGCUGUAAUACCUUUCAUCCUUAUGCUGCUUUUGUCAUUGGCAUUAUCGGAGGAAUAACUUACGUUGCUUGGAGUAUUGCUAUGCUGCGUUUUCAGAUUGACGAUCCCUUGGAUGCUGUGGCUGUUCAUCUUGGCGGUGGUAUUUGGGGUGUGCUAGCAGCCCCCAUCUUUAACAUGAAAACUGGCAUCUUUUAUGCCAGGGACAACCAUUCAUUCCGUUUGUUUGGCUGGAACGUGCUGGGUUUAGUUGUCAUCAUGGCCUGGUGCGCAGUUCUGGCUUUCUCAUUUUUCUUUCUUUUGAAACUUCUCGGACAGCUUCGUGUAAGCAAAGAAGUCGAGAUAAAAGGACUUGACAUUCCUAAACACGGUGAGCCUGCCUACCCAGUGGAAAGUUACGGGAACGGCUGGGAAAUACCGUCAGAAGAAAGAAAGAUUCCCUUCCCAUUUUAUCAAACCUCCAUUACUACUUUCGUUAACGUCAUUCCUACCAAGAAUGGUACAUAUAAAGAGCCUGCUAUGCAGCAUGGUCAACCAGGACAAGCCAUAUACCAGAACGAACAGCCCAAAGUAAAUCAUUCCCAGAUUCCUCUCGACCUGCCAGACAAGGAUACCUCCCUAGAAAAUCCCGGUCGUAAACCAAGUGUAGAGGCCACCGACGAACACACUUACGGGAACAUGGAUACAGCCUUUAAAAUAUUACCAACGGAGAAAAUACAUUGAAUGCUUACGCAGCUUUAAAUUUCAGUUGAUUUUCGCAAAAUUGCAACUGAAAAAAAAAAAAUGAGCCUGCAAUUAUUUAAGGGCAAGCAUUUACAAGUAUCUUGCCAAGCACCAAUAAUGAUCUUUUAAAUGAGAAAGCAUCCAGGCUGCUCAGCGCUAUUCAAAAUGGCAGCUUUCGAGGUUGAAACUUUAGCUCAUUUAAGGAAUUUUUUGAAAGGAUAGUAUACUCUUUUGUAUCUAAAAAGGCAACCAGAACCAUAUGUAAUCACUUUAAAGGCAGAGACAAAAGUCACGUGGUUUCUGGAGCAUACAGUAGUCUAGACGGUUAACUUCGUAUUGGCAGUUAUUUUUUAAACGCUUAUUUAUGUACAAAAUUGCUCUUUCGUCCAACUUAUCUUUCGUCUAGAUGAUCAUCUUACAGUGUAAAAAUAAGAAAAUUAUUAUAAUUGCAUCAAGAAGACACUAUGCGCCGGCCGCUGGCACAAGUUGAACUCUCAACUGAAGAGAUCGAGUCGAAUGUAAAGUAUCUACCAGCAAUUUAUUUGUGUAUUUUGUAAUUUCUGCUCAGUUCCAUUAGAAAGCUAAAACAAUUAAUAGUUUUUUGUAAGUAUGUAGUUAAUGAAAAAAUAGUGUAAAUUAUCACAAAUUUUAAGGAUAGACAUUUUACAUGUUAAAUAGAGCAUUUAAUUAAUGGUCCAAAAGCAUAUGUGUAAUUGCGUAGUUGUGGUAUUAGUAUAAGUUCUUUAGUGACAAAGGGCCACAGAUUUGUCACUGCUUUUUGUUUUUUACGUCUGCGUUUCAUCGUUUUGAAAAAAAGUUUUAUUUUCACUUUUAAUUUGAAUUACUGGCUGUGUCACUAAUUGGAAAAUAUCUUUCACAUUUAAAAAUUUUUUUGAUAACCUAGAUCAGGUAGGGAUCCGUUAUCGACUGAGGCUUGGGUAAAUAUUAUACUUACCUUCCCUUUUUCUUGUUUGAUACUUUUUUAGAAGUUCGCUGACUCGGUUAUUGCGGCCUCUCCGGGCAACGAUCAUUAAACAGUGAGGGCCGUGUUUUCAAGACUUCCAUUUUUACAGAAACGAAAGGCCUCUUUGACAUAAAAACAUUUCAUUGUUCUUUGAAUUACAGAACAUCUACGAUGUAGUAGUAAGCACUUUCUUAUCCAAUUUUCCCUUUCACUGUGUUAUUUUCCCUUGUUUAAUCAACAAUACCAUUUUAUUUGUAUAAUAACGACAUUUCUAGCGUGACAUCAGCCAAAACGUUUUUAAUGAAGAAAAAAUUCUCAUUCAUAUUGAUUUUACCAACAUGAACAAAAUGUUCAGCAGCCUUCUGAGUUUCUAGUCGAAAUGUAAAAAAUGAAUUUACAAAACGAA